AUGGUAUAUGCCUAUUUCCAAAAUAAAUGUGCUGAAUAUUAAAAUAAUCCAAACCUUCAAAAUCAUAUGAAAAUUAAUCUAAUUUUAAUUGCUCUAACUAUAAUUUUGAGGGUGGUGUUUGAAAUUUUUUUGAGGUCCUAAUUGGCAUUAUCCGAAAAUGAUAAUUAGGUUGGGUCAUUUGAAUAUUCAAGUGACAACAAUAAAAUUUAAAAUGAAGAUCAUACGCAUAAUAAUUAACCUUAAAUUUCAUAUAUGAUUUUAGAUUAAUUGCUUCAUCUAUUUUUAUCAUUAGAAAUUAUAUUUUUGGUGUUGUAAAUAACAUUAAUAAUAAAUAAAAGAAAAUAAGAACUUUCCUUAACUCUUCCGAUUUUAAACAAUAAUUAAGAAAUGACUUGCUCUGUAUAAUUUGUUAAAAGUUCUAAUUAUGGUGUAUCAAGCUUAUAAAAUAACUAAGCGACAUUAAAUUCAAUUGAAAUGCAAUUUUUAUCAAGAAAUAAGAAGGGGGUUAAAAAAUAAAUUACCAAUUCAGAUUAAGAUCUAAGUUAUAAGAAAAAAAUUGAAAAUUAUUAAAAAAUAGAAAGUUAAGAAGCAUUUGAUUCUAAUUUAUAAAUAAUGCAAAACCAUUUAAUACCAAAUUUAUCUACAAAUAACUAAGAUUGCAAAAUUAAUACAGAGUAAUUGAUUACUUAAAUUUUUCCAAACGAUUCUUUAAAGUAAAUUGAAUAAAGCAAAUCUAUUUAAUCAGAAGAUAUUGAAGAGUAAAAAUAAUAGGGAAGAGCUGAAAAAAAAAGACGUGAAUAUAUUCAGAUUAUUUAAAAAUGUGAAAAAAAUCCUUAAUGCAAUUUUUUUUGGAUUUCAUAAAACAAAAGUAGAGAAUAUAUCUGCUUAAAUUGCGAUUAGGGGAAUAAAAUAAUUGGAAAUCAGGAUCAAAUUAAUUAAAAAGAUUAUUAAUAAAAUAGAUAAAUAGAACCAGUUAAAUUCUUUUUAUCAAAUAAAUUUGAACAUCAAUUGUUUGAAAUAUGUUCAAGCUAAAAAACUAAAUUUUAAUUUUGUGAAAAUUUUGAUCUUUGCGGAUUUUUUUGGAUGUAAAAUUCCGAUAAUUAAUUCGAUGGUUAUUAUUGUCCAAUAUGUAUGAAUUUUUAUGCAAUUAAAUUAAAUAGUAGAUAAACUUUAUUUUAAGAAAUUGAUUUUAAGUGCUCUUAUUGCAAUUAAACUACAUCUGAAUAUUUUUAAACAUGUUGUUUACAUUAAUACCAUUUUGAUUGCGUUAAAGAAUUAUGGUCUAAUACUCAAAAUUAAACAAAUAUUCAUUGUAUAACUUGUAACAUUAAUAUUACCAAAUGUCUAAGAUAAAAUAAAUUGCUACCAAAUGAAAUAUUAGAAAAAAUAUUUUUUAAUUAAAUACAAAAAAUUAGAUAAUAAAAUAUGAAAGAAGGAAUCGAGGCUUAAGAAUGA